AAACAGUCUAUUUGAAAAUAUAAACCCGAGCGCACGUAUAUAACGCAGUACUCUGUCCAUUGUUCAUAAAUAAAUAAAGGAAGAGAAAAGAAAUAGAAAAAACCUUGGAAUUUCUGUCGUUUUGACAGCGCGGGAAAAGUUUAAAAAGUCAGUUUUUUUUUAAUCACACAAAGGACUUUUGUCAUAGUGCUUCCUGUUUUGAAGUUGGAACUUUUAACGGAGUAAGUCAAAAUGCCUUCAGAGGUGAUAUCCGAUAAGAGCUUGCAGAGGGAGCUGGCGGACUCCAUUAUCAGGAUGGUGCCUUUGGAUGAGAUAAGGAUCCUCCUGGCUUGUGGAGCCAAGGUGAAUGAGCCCGUGACCCAAGGUCUCCGUCCGCUGCAUUACGCGAUCUGGCAGCGACACGUGGAAGCCACAAGGCUGCUCCUCGUCAGGGGCUGCGACGUCAACGCGACCGACGACUGCGGAUACAGCGCCCUGCACCUCUCUGCUGAGCAUGGGUAUACGGAGCUGGUGAAGUUGCUACUGGAGAGCGGUGCAGCCGUGGACUACAGGCCCGACACCGGCGAAGAGUUCCCGAGGACGACGCUCUGUGACGAGCCGCUGCGGCUGGCCAUCAGGAACAAGCACUAUGAUGUUGCUAAGCUGCUGCUGGAGCACGGCGCUGAUCCAAACAAACGGUACUUCUUCGGCUCCGAAAUCAAUCUGGUCUCCGACCCCGAGUACUUGGAGUUGCUGUUGACUUUCGGAGCCAACCCUGACUCCAGGGACCGAGCGGGGCUUACUCCUCUCAUGAAAGCUGCUAGACAAAAGAAAGGUAUAGAAGCAGUUCUGCUCCUCAUCAGUUUCGGAGCUGAUAUCAACGCGAUGGCCGACGCCAGGAACGACUACAGGACCGUCCUGCACUACGCCGUGCUCAGUGGUAACCCAGACGUAGUGAACCUCAUGAUCAAGCAAGGAGCUCGCGUGAACUACGACUGUCCUGAACUCAGCAAGCCCAGCCCUCUGGACCUGGCCAUCCUGAAGGGAGACGUGACCAUGGUACAACUGCUCCUAUCAGCUGGCGCUCAAGUGAACGCGUCUAGUUCCGUGAUCGGGUCUCCACUUCACGUCGCCUGCUCCGACAACAUAGACAACAGAAAGGAAAUCGUUAAAAUCCUGCUGGAAAGCGGCGCCGACCCGAACCUGAAGGUGUACAGCCCGGAGGACGCGGCUCAGCUGCGGCCCGCGCUCGCCGAGUACCUCGCCAGCAACGUGCGGCCCCACCGCGACCUGGUGGCCAUGCUCCUCGCGCACGGAGCCAGGGUCAUAAUGAAAACCCAGUUUCGUGAUCCGGAUGGCAUUCUCAACCACUUACAAAACGUUACUUCAGAGGAAUACGAGCACAUCUUCUACUUACUUCUGGAAGCCGCAGAAGCCUUCGACCUCUGCAUGAUCAAGAGGAACAGUAUAUUAAACGCAGAACAAAAGCAAAAACUAAUUGAACGCGCCAAAAAUCCAAUAUCUCUAUUGGCACAAGUCAGGAUAUUCCUCCGGAAACAGUUCGGUCCCUCCUUCCCCCACGCGGUCAAAACUAUGGAAAUACCUAAAACUCUUCACCACUACCUGCUUUUUGAAUGUCGUUAAAUCGUAAAUUAUCAUUAAUUUUUGGACAAAAUAAUCAGGGAUGUGGUUCUUUUAGGUGGCCGAGCGCGAUAGGUGCCUUUGUCAAAUUAAAAUUAAGAAGGUUGUUGGUGCUGCCACAUUUAUAUUACUUUCCUUGUACUGUAGGAGUUCCCAUUCUUUUAUGGGAAAUUAAAGAUUUGUAAAAUUGUAACGCUUAAUUUCAGAUCGUGGACGAAACAUUAUUUUGUUAGUUUUUUUAUUUCGAUCUCGACAAUAUUUACAUUUUUUUAUAUAUUAUGUUAGAUCGAAACAUGUUUCAUUUUGAGACGUAUUAUAAGCAUCUACAUUUUACUAUAAAGUAUACAUAUAUUUUAUAUUAAGUUUUUAGUAGUAAAACACGACAGGAGACAAUUUUUGUAAAGAAAUUAUUGGAAUCCUAUACAUUUUUAUAGUCCUGUUCGUUACUCAGAUUUGGUAUGCAAAAUGCAUGGAUCCAUUUUUGUAUAGAAAUAAAAAAAUUGGGGCACGAUUUUAAUUUAUUCCCAAAAAUAGUUUUCAUCUUAAAAUAAAUUUUAUACAACAAAAUCUAAAUUGUUGCUUGUUUUUUAUCUUUUUCUAUUAUUACCUUACUAUAUAAUGUAUUAUUUCAAUUUGAACUGGAAAUUUGAGUAAAUACUAAGUAUAUGUAUAAAAUAUUUACCAUGUUAUUUACCUAUAGUCUGAAAACACAUUUCUAUGUGAUAUUUUGUGAUUUUAUAUUUAUAUUGUAAUAUCUUAAAUAAUAAUAAAAAGCGAUGUUAUUAAUAAGUUAAGUACUUUGUUUAUCCUCCGACAAUAUUUUAAAAAUAAACGAGU